AUGGAUUCAGAUACCUUGCAAGCCUUCCAGAGUGAGCUCACAUGCUCCAUCUGCAUAAACUACUUCAUAGACCCUGUCACCAUCAACUGUGGUCACAGCUUUUGCAGGCCCUGCCUAUACCUCUGCUGGGAGGAAGCGCAAACUUCAAUGUGCUGCCCUGAGUGCAGGGAAAUAUCAGAGAAGCCAGACUUCAAAACCAAUAUUGCACUCAAGAAGCUGGCUUCACUUGCUAGACAAGCCAGACCUUGUCACGUUGACAGCUCUAAGGACCAGAUCUGUGUAGCGCACAAGGAGGCAAAGGGGCUCUUCUGUGAAGUGGACAGAAACCUGCUCUGUGGACCCUGCUCUGAAUCAAUGGAGCACAGGGCUCACAGCCACAGUUCUAUAGAAUGUGCUGCGGAGGAAUACAGGGUAUUUUUAAGUUGUAAGGAAAUCAUACUUGAAGUUGUAAGUUUUCUGUUGAGAAUGAGGACAUGUAAUCUUUUUAACUGAAUAUCUCUGCAGCACUAUGUGGCUUUACGGAAGGUGAUGAUCAAAAUUCAAUAUCAGAAGAUACAUCUAUUUCUCCACGAGGAGGAGCAACUCCAUCUGGAGACAAUAGACAGAGAAGCAGAGGAGACUUUGCAACAACUCAGGAACAGUGAAGUCAGAAUGACCCAACAGAAAGAAUACCUAAAAGAAAUGUACAGAGAGCUGACUGACAUGUGCCAGAAGCCUGAGGUGGAGCUGCUCCAGGACUUUGGAAACAUAUUGGAAAGGACUGAGCUGGUGCUGAUGCAAAAGCCCCAGCCAAUGAACCCAGAGCUCAAUUCAUGGCACAUCACUGGAAUCCUAGACAUGCUGAACAACUUCAGAGUGGAUAAUCCUCUGAGUAAGGAAACAGCCAGUUGCUACAUGAGUCUUUCUGAAAAUGUCAGAAGUAUGAUAUUUGGAGAUGACCAUCACUGCGUAUCCAGAGAGCUCCAGACAGUGGAGAGUUUUGCAGCAUGGGGUGCUCAGACCUUUACCUCUGGUAGGCAUUACUGGGAGGUGGACCUGGCUCACUCCUCCAACUGGAUUCUGGGAGUCUGUAAAGAUUCCUGGACAGGCGAUACUGAUAUCAUUCAUGAUUCUGAAGAAUCAUUUUUACUAUUUUCUUUUAAGAGGGGUGAUCGUUAUAGUCUCUCCACCAACUCCCCACCCUUAACUCAGUAUGUGAAAAGUCCUCUGGGCCGAGUUGGGGUGUUUCUGGAUUAUGACAAUGGAAUCGUGAGCUUUUACGAUGUUUACAAAAGUUCCCUCAUAUAUAGUUUCCUUCCUUCCUUCUUCUCUUCCCCUCUUACGCCUUUCCUUUGCCUUGCUUCCCCAUGGAAAGUCAGGCUUCAUGAUGAUUUACUUGUGAAUUCCCAUAUCGGAGGAAACUAAGGUCCUGAGACCAUCUUAUGUGAGGUAACAGGACUGUGCCAGACGGUCUUUGAACA